AUGCCGCUCAACAACGAGGUCGUCCAGGGUUUCUCUCAGCUCAUACAGGCUCUCCAGGACCACCGGUCCCAGCUGGGACAGGCCUCGACCUCGACGUCUACUACUCAGGACAGUUCCUACAGCGCCCCGGACCUCAUCAGAGGAAUCUUCAGCGGCUUGAACCUGAGCCUGCGGACGCAGAUUUCCGUCAACGACCAGCUGGUCAAGGUGCUCGACCCCAGCGUCCAGGCCCCGGGCCAGGCGGUGUCCAACGCGAUGAGAAACCUCCUCAGCAUCAGCCUCGACCUCUACAGGGUCUGA